AUGAAGUCCCAGACACCAUUCUGUCUUACAGCGCAGUCCCCCCCUGGGAAACCCGAGAUCAUCAAAUGCCGCUCUUACGAAAAAGUGACUUUUUCCUGCUGGUGGAAACCGGCCUCGGAUGGAGGACUUCCGACCAACUACAGCCUCCUCUACAGAAAAGAAAAUGACCCAAAAAUAUAUGAAUGCCCAGACUACGAGACCUCCGGCCUAAACUCUUGCUACUUCGACAAAGCGCACACCUCGUUUUGGGUCUUUUAUCACAUCUAUGUGAAUGCCACCAAUGCCCUGGGCAGCAAUGUGUCCGAAGAAUUGAGCGUGGAUACGACUUACAUAGUUGAGACAUACCCUCCUACAAAUUUGUCGCUUACUGUCGAAGAUGGGCACCAUGACCUGUUGGUGAAGUGGCAUCCACCGGACAUGGCUGAUGUGCAAUCUGGAUGGUUAACCCUCAAGUACGAAGUGCGAUUAAAGGAAGAGAAAGAGCAGGAAUGGGAGGCACAUUCAGUUGGCAAUCAAUUAAAACUGAAGUUGUAUGGUUUAACUCCAGGAGGGAACUACGUGGUCCAAGUCCGAUGCAAACCAGAUUCAGGGCACUGGAGUGAAUGGAGCCAAGAAAGUUAUAUACAGAUCCUUGGUGGGGGAAAGAAAACUGACUUGAUGCUGUGGAUAUCAGUUGGUACAUUAUCAGCUGUGAUUUGCUUGACAAUGAUCUGGACUAUGGCAUUAAAAAGAUGCAGUGUGAUGUCUUGUAUAUUGCCACCUGUGCCAGGACCAAAAAUUAUGGGAUUUGACACUCAGCUCCUAAAGAGUGGGAAAUCUGAUGAGCUUUUGAGUGCUCUUGGCUGUCAAGGUUUUCCCCCAACGUCCGACUACGAGGAUCUUCUAGUGGAGUUCCUAGAAGUGGAUGACAGCAAGCAGCAUCUCAUGUCAGGUCACGAUCGGUGUCCACAAAAGCAGAAUAUAAAUGUCUGCCCGGCUGAGACAGACAAUAACUCCGGAAGAGGAAGCUGUGACAGCCCCUUUUCCCAUUCCGAAGGUUGUAAAGAGCUGUGUGUUCUACAGCCAAGCGUCGAAAGUACAGACAGAGGGAUCCAUGACCACUGGCCACCUCAGAGUAUAAUAAUGGAUGGAUCCUUUACAAAUUUUAAUGACAAUAAGUCAAACGUGUGGCCAGAUGCUCCAUCAACUGGAAACCAAAUUUCUAAAUCGACCUAUCAGGAUAUAAAAGAUAUUACUAAUCUGGCUAUUAGUGCCAUGAAUGCCAGCAAGCAUGGGCUUUUAAUUCCAUGUGAUGACAAGAACCAGCUAAGAUACUUUAAAACCAUAGAGACCAUUGAUGAAGAAGAGAAUACAAAGCUUAGUGAUUUUGCAGACUUGCUAUCCAAAGGUGUUGACGCCGACACAGUGCACUUGUUGCCCAAUGAAAAGCCUCCCUUUAAGAAUGCUAGAAGUAUGGACUACGUGGAAGUCCACAAAGUCAACCAAAAUAAUGCACUAGCACUCAUACCAAAACACAAUGAAAACAGCGUCAGGACUGACCAAUAUUCUGUUCUUGUUCCCAACAGAGAAUAUACAAAAGUGGAAAGGGUGGAGGGUAACAACGUUUUAGUGUUAAUGCAAGAAAUAGUUAACCAGGUAAAUCCUGUAACCAUCGAACCAAUGAAAUUGAAGUUUCAGCAAAGCCAAGUGGCGAAUCCAAUGGACAUGUUCUUGCUGGUGCAGAAUGCAGAAAGUCGAACUCAGGCUGGUGGGAUGGGUUACAUGGAUCCUUCAGCUUUUCUCUCUUAAUCCAGCUGAGACUUUUUAUAUUUUCCCCCAAAUCAGGUAAUCACAACGGUUGGAUUUCUAGCACUAAAUACGACUACACACUACUUGCACAGAGACCUCUGCUUCGUAUUCAGAGAUUCUGAGAUGUUUAAAGGAUAAGUAAACCUUUGAAAUAAGUGAAUGUAAAAUUGAUGAGGGGGCUAUUCAAAGCACUUUU